ACAUGUAGAUUGGAAGGAUGGGUGUGGUUGUUGAAAAUAAGUCCAGUUAUUGCCAUCAGUUAAUGACAUGUGCUGCAGACGGGUAAGUUAAGUACUUUAUUUUAAAUUACUAGAUUGAAUCAGUUAAUGUUUCCGCGUUCACAAUUUGCAUUUCUCAAUUAUAUAAUGUGUAUACAGCUAUUUCAAUUAAGGUUGUUCACGAGCAAAGCGGAAAAGUCGAAUACGAGCGCAAAAAGCUGCUGGGAUUCACUAAUAUUUGAAUGAAUUUAUUAACGAUUCCCAGUAGCCUUUCGCGCUCGUAUUCGACUUUUCCGCUUUGCUCGCGGGACAACCUUAAUGGACCAUUCCCCCAAUUAACCAAAAUUUUGAUAUCAACAAGUCUAGACAAAAUUCCAUCAUAGCAUGAAAGAGCAUCACAAAAUUAGUAAUAUUCCAAUGUUUCGUUGCGAAAUGUUGUAAAAUGCGGAUAAUAUAGCCUUGCGAAAUUUGCAUUAUUCAGUCAUUUUAGAUUACAAACGGGAAAUGGUUACCACUUUUCCAAAAUUUUGAUCUUAAUUAGCCUAAACAAAAAUUUCAUCACAGCUUGAAAGAGCAUCACAAAAUUAGUAAUAUUCCAAAGUUUCGUUGCAAAAUGUUGUAAAAUGCGGAUAAUAUAGACUUGCGAAGUUUGUAAUUUUCAGUCAUUUUGUAUUACGCACAGAAGAGGUAACCAUUUCCCGUUUGUAAUCUAAAGUGACUGAAAAUUGCAAACCUCGCAAGGCUAUAUUAUCCGCAUUUUACAACAUUUUGCAACGAAACUUUGGAAUAUUACUAAUUUUGUGAUGCUCUUUCAUGCUAUGAUGGAAUUUUUGUCUAGACUUGUUGAGUUCAAAAUUACAUGUGCUUCCGAUGUUAUGUCAGAAAACGGGACAGCAACCACGUGCUCGUGCAUUUACGGAUUUACCGAUGUUUAUUUGUUGAUUUAUUCUAAUCAUGCAGCCUUUCCAGGCCCUGCAGAUGUAUUUAAUGCAUGCUAACACAACUGUGAUGCUAUUUAGUUCCUUGUUGCAGUUGUUGGAAAUGCAGAAAUGGGGUGACAUUCCAUAUAAAUAUCUCCAAAAGAACUGGAUUAUGAGUUGCAUUAGUGUUAGUAAUUUUUGAAUGGGAAUAUGAUUAUAACGAUUAGGAAUAUUUUUUUAGCGUAAGAAAUUGUCUACUGUGUAUUGCAAAGUACUUCGUGUAAGGACCACAAAACCGUUUGAACAAUUAUACCAGCAGGUUUAAGUUUAUUCUAGGUAGUCUUUACCCUAACACAAACCAUAACCCUAGUUUUAACAACAUCUUACUAUGUUAACGUACUUUAACUUAACUCAGUACUAUUGUGUGUUCCUAACAUGAAAUGGUAAUGUUUGUAUUGCAUCCCAUGGUUCAUUGCAUUGUAUCUGAUAUUAAAUGAUUAUUUUCUCACUUGAUUUAUAAAUAGAAGUUUAUUAUUCUGGGAUACCAGACCAACUAAAUCAGCUCAUCAAAGUCAACUGACGUCUGUCAACAAACCUGUUGUUCUCACGGUCUCCAAUCCACUGAAACAACUGGAUUUAACGUGGAAACCUAUUCUCAAGGUAUGUUAAAUUAUUGCACGAAGGACUGCAACCUCCUACUCAUUCAGGGUCCCAGGGACUUCGUGUACCACCGUAGCGGGCACUUGGGGGGGGGGGGCUUCCAGACCAUCAUAUCUUGACUGACUAUGUAGUGAGUUUACACUGAUAGCUAUUAAUUUGAUUUUCGAUCAUAUCAUAUUUAGGAUACAAUGUUAAUGCAAUAAAUAGUGGGAUUCCUUAAAUCAUUUUGACUUUGUAGUUAGUGUUUCAUCCUAAUUUAAGAAUAUCAGGCUUUCAUGGUUGAUAAAGCUUUGUUGUGUUCAGAGUAAUUAAAUUUUGCUUCGUUCUUUAUAAAAUCGCCGUCCAAUUUUAAUUAGAGGAGGUUGUCUGAACAGCUGCGCACUCUUGCAUUUUACCUCUGAGAUCGUGGGUUCGAUUCUCGCUACGGACUUAUGGGAAAAGAGUCAGUUGUGGGUUUUCUCCGGGCGCUUCGGUUUCCUCCCACAGGGAAAGUUGGCAGGGUGGGUUAGGAUAAACACAGUUAAGAAAGUAAUAUCACAAUCGUUGUAAGGAUAAAUAGUCUAGGCUAAGUAAGUAACAUAAGUAAGCGUAAUACUUGAUGUAAUCGCGGUCGCUGGAAAGCCCCAAUGGGGAGUGAGCUGAAUAAUAAUGUUAUGUAAUGUAACGUAAUCUGAAGUUGUUUCAUUUCCAGGUUUCUGUUAGUCAUAUAACUGGUUCUGGGGAGUUUGGGCCUACAAAAUUUAGCCUGGCGGAGAGACAUGGAGACCGAUCAUCAAGUAGGUUUAGUGAUGUACCUUAUGGCUGCUUCCCAUGCAGUGACUCGCGUACAAUUAUGAAUUUUAAACAUCUAUACAGGGUGUAUAAAAAAAACUACACAGUUGGAAAAAGUUCACUAAAGUCAGAUGCGCGCGACAUUUGCGAAAACUUUCAGUAAGCCGAUGUACUUUAACGUUCUCUGGUACAUCUGGCACUAAAAUUAUUUAAAAUGCUAGCGUUUUUAGAGUAGGAAAGCUGUUACUAAAAUUCAAUCUGUCUUGCACAAGCUAUUAAAGUUUCAAGAAAUUUGGUGCACGCGUAGGCCAACGCGAGAUCUUCAAAACCUGGAUUUUCUCCCAUUUUCUUAGUUCAAACGCGAUUUCUUUGCAUGAUUUCAAAUUAAAUUUAUGCAUGCUCGGACGUUUGCAUAAAUUACAGUACGAAAUUCGCAAGCCAAUUCCUAAAGGUCCUAAAAGAGUUAGUAUAACAGCGUUUAUUUACAAAAUAAUUGACAUGCGGUGUUUAUUUACAAACAAAAUCAGUCUUCAACGUGCCCUCCUAUGUUGAAGAUUGAUUUUGUUUGUGCAUAAAAUUAAUUUAAAAUCAUGCAAAGAAAUCGCGUUUGAACUAACAACAAUCCAGGUUUUGAAAAUCUCGCGUUGGUGGCCUACGCGUGCACCAAACUUCUUGAAACUUUGAUAGCUUGUGCAUGCACGACAGUCCAUAUUUUGACUCUGUGUGAUUAAAUUGUGUUAUGAUGGAAAAUGUUUUUGCGCAAGGCCUUUUUUUUUUGGGGGGGGGAGGGUUAGUAACAGCUUUUCUACUCUAAAAACGCUAGCAUUUUAAUCCCUUAAUGUAAUGUCUUAUCCUUGCCAGUUGCCACACAUGUCUUGAAGUGUAUAGUGAUAACGCUGCUCUUAAAAAUAAUUUCAUCGGAGACCUGCGAAGAUGUGUAGACUCAUGCAGUAGGUGUACAUAAGUAUAAAUAUCAGGAUUGUGUGCAUCUACACUCGAUAUAACUAAUUUUAGAAGGAUUUUGCAAAUUUCGGAUGUGAAUUUUAUACAUUAUUAGACCUAACUAUAGGCCCUCUGGCAGGAAUUGAACCUGCGAUUUCCUUUUUCUUAGAAUUUACUCGAAAUUCCUAUGUAGAAACCCUUCUAAAAUAAUUAUGAAUAGCACAGUCAGGUGUACAUAAUGCACGAAACGCACGGCCACAGGAUAAAUCCCUGCUGUUGGACUUAAAUGUUUCGUUUAGUAAUGUAACGUAUGGUUUAAGUAACCGUCAGGCUGCCUCCUCCGCAGGCUCCUCUAUAUAGAUCAAAUUUAAAUAUGGGUAAUAUAUAGAUCAGCAUCCGUGAAAUACCCCUAUCUUGUAUGGGUGGCUGAAAUGCUCAGCUGAAACUAAUUUAUACAGUUUGUAGUAAAACCGUACAAUUUUAAAGAUUGGUGUUAAAAGAGUUUUAAUUUUGUAUGUAGUCAAACAACCGGACAAUGACAAGGAAGCUGGAAAUUUGAACAGAACAGUUUCUAUGACUGGAAAAAAAGAUCAGGGAAAAGUAUUGGAAAACAUUGCAACAAUGUUGUUUGUUGGUACAGAAGUAAGUUCAUCAACAUAUAGUCUCUUUGUUGAUAAAAUCUUCAACGUUGGAUGCCAGUAUAGGUAUAGCGAAGAUUACAAAAGGCGAACUUUGUGUAGAACUUGUCUACCUUUCGAGCGAAGGCACUUUGUCUGGAAGACCUUUCGUUUUCGUGCACAAGUUCGCAAUUUGUAAAGCUCUUUAUUCCCUAUUCAUUCACUUAUACUUUCCAAUUCAAGUUUGUCUGUGCUCAAGACAUGGUUGCAAGGCAGCCACAGGCACUGUCCUCUGAAGGUCAAAACUCACAACUGCUAAACCUCGACCACACAAUGGACUUUAUAUCCGUAUCUGAUCGUGGUAUUUUGCAAAGCACGACUUCCAUGCUCCCAUCCUUUACUCGAAUACAUAAACAAGUAUAUAUAAUGCUUUUUGUACUUAAAAGGUCGAAAUUAGUAAUUAAGAUGGUAGUGCUAUACAGCUAUAGAGAAUAAACCUUUGCUGUCAAAGCGAUAAAUUAUACAUUAUGAGUACAUAUAUAGAUCAGUGGACUGCAAGGAGUUUGAUUGAUCAUUUCCAUCAUACAUGAUUACGUUUUUAAUCUUCAUUCAGGGACUGGGAACGAGUCAGUUUCUUUUUGAGUAAAGGUUUAGAUUUGUGUUGGGAAUUCAAUGCUAAGAAUUUGAAUAUUCUUACUGGUAAUAAUUAUAUACAGCAAAAAGAUAUAUACAUGAGCAGGCUUCUAGUCGUUGUUUUUCUCACGAUUACUCGACUCCCCUUCACAGUGUAAUGUCUGAUUUUUCUGUCUAGAGUGGCGAUGUUGUUUACAUGGAUUGGAAGUUGUCUAAGGACUCUGAUAGUGGAAAAUUUACAGGUGCGGGACCUUCCGUAUAAAUAUCCUGAAAUAUACACAGUUUUGUUUAACAAAAGCAUUACUAUUUGUAGUAAGGUUAGGAUUGGUGUUAGUGUUCGGAGAAAGGCCUAACAAAGAAAUGUCCUGUGGUUCCGGUUUCCCGACAGAUCCUCUUUUUUCUGCCGACCCUAUAAAAUGCUGUGUUUAAAUUAUUAUGUUGUUGAUAUGCAUGGACAUUGAGCCAUACAACAUAAGAUGUCUCCUGCGCAUGAACUAUAUGUGACCCCGCAUGUGUGAAUAUUUGAUUGAUGCCGACAAAUCUUUGAACAUUUUUGAAAAUCAAGCACUUGAUAUUAAUCGUUUGCAUACAAAGAUCACACGAUCGACCUGCUUUGCAAGGAAGCUUUUCACAGGAAGUUGAUAUUUUCGUGGUAAUUAAAGGCCAUGUUACAAUUUUUGGUGCAACUUGCUGUUGCAACGCAAUUUUAUUUUCACCAGGUUAUCUAAAAAUUAGUCUCAUCAUAUUUCUUUCAUUAUUCACAUGGGAGGAGGGGGACGCAUUUCGUAGGGAUCUCCUUUCUCCCGGGAGAUCUCCUGGAUAUUCGAUUAAUUUGGUCGGACACUAUUCAUUUGAUCAAGUUUCAUUCUUGGUCGUCUAAAUAUUUGAUAUUUGAUAGUAGAUACUUUUACUCUUUCACAUAUUUCAUGCCUGCAUGUCACCAUAUAUUUUGUCCCUCCAAACGAUCCCAGAAUGCACUGUGAUCUCUUUUGGGAAAAGGCUAAUUUGAGCGACCUCAAACUGAUCCGAAGCUGGUUCCUUGGUCUUGUGGAGUGUACACACUUGCCCAUGAACCAAAUUAACUACCAUUCAUAAAGCCCAUUUUCCACUAUAGGCGAAUUUAUUCGCGAGAACAGUAAAAAAGUAGGAACUGAUCCAACUUUUUCGCGGCGAAUUUUUUCGCUGACCAAUCACAUUACCAUCAUGAUUUGUUUUUCGCUUCGCCUCUCGCGAACAAAUUCACUUAGUGGAAAUGGACUUAAUUAAGCGGGGUUAAUGCCAGGCUGCUGAGCAAGAUAUUAUUUAGAGAGUUUAAGCUUCGCGUUAUACGGCAAACGCCAAGCAAAGAAAAUUUUUACGGUAUCAGGCAAUAAAGAGUAAAUGAACUUGCUGUUUUAUUAAAACUAAAAUACAUAAUUAUUCUUUCGACGCAAGAAAGAAAAUAUGAAACGAAAACGUUCAACGAAAAGUUUGCCAAGAAAGUUCGAACCUGCCGUUUGCCGUUCCCGGAAACGUGAAGCUUAAACUCCCUAUUAGCUCGGUUGUAAAACGUGAAGCGAUCCGAGACCACCUCGGAGGGUGUCUAUAGUUUAGAUCGAUCAUUAACAAUCGGUCUCAGCUUGUGUUAGGUUGUUCUCACUUGCAUGGCCUGGUACGGUUCUGAAUCGAUUUCCAAUCGAUCUAAAUCGCUAGUGUGAACGACCCCUAUACUUGCAGCUGGUGCAUGAAUCCGGUAUGUGUAGCUUGAUUUUUUAACCUUCUGCCAUGAGAAUCAUGGAGUUAUCUUUAUCCUUGGUGCAUUCAUUUAUUAUACACAGGCAAGUUUUAUUUGACAAUCAUAACCUCAGCCUGUAAUCAGCGUUCAAUAUAUAUUGUCAAUAUAACAGUUCAUUUUCCCAGUAAAACUUGUCAACUUCGUAUAUACUUUGAGCUUUAUUCUCCUUUUUACAUUAAACAUUUAAUUUAAAUGUGUGCUGCCAUAUUUCUUGUCCCUCUAACAUGCAGGGAUUCUCGCGACUAGACCCAGGACUUUGGGAAAUGGCUAAUUUAGAUGGAUCUCAAAGUGUGUUAGCUGUGAACAGCACCAUACAAAGGCAUACAUGGUGUGUGAGAAAAGUAGGUCGAGCACUAGUUAAAACCUCACAUGUUUUCUCUUCUUAUUUUCAAACUGUAGUGAGUAAACCUGAACUAGUAUUAGCUGCACAUGAAGGACUGGUGUGUGUUCUACAACGAUCACCUUUCUUUAAAGAUAUUCUUUUAUCUAUUGGUGGAUGGACGUUUGCAAUUUGGAAAGAGGGUGUUUCGGUAAAUUAGUUUAAUGAAUAUUGUGGUUUAAACAGAAUAGCUUAAGUAUGCAUCUGCGGCGGUUAUCAGUAUCUUCGCCAGGAGAUGUCUUUCACCUCCAUGUGUGUGUGUAUAUGUGUGCGUCUGUUGUUUGUUUUUGUAUUCGUCUCUAAGCAGGAUAACUAUAAAAGUAUUGAACGGUCUAAUACAAAGUUUAAUUUGUGGAACUAAAGGCGGAAUGUAGACCACGGACAAACAGAAUUUGGUUAAAUUUUGAUGAAUUUUGAUGAGAUGUUAUUUUUCACUGCUCUGGCCUGUGUAAAAGAAUUAACUGAAUGCAUUUACUAGUUGUGUAACGUACAGUAUGUAUGAAUACAUGAUUUCACGAAGGUAUGAGCAAGAUCUGAGGAAGAUAUGCAGUUUAAAGGAAUAAAGUUUUUAUAAUUUAAGAACCCAAAUUUUUAGUUUGACUCUAAUUAUAAUGAUGUCCAAAUCACUUGACUUUUUUCCCUUAGACUGGACCUCUUUUGGAGUCUGCAUCAUUCCCAGUGAGAUUGACCGCGGGGGCGUGGAGCCCAACUAGGCCAGGUAAGUCAGACUGUAGAUUACAUGCGAAGCAAUGACUCCACCCAGUAGAUUACGCAUGUUGUAUUUUAGGACGUGCAUCCAUUCCAUCGAAACCGCAUUUCCUCCCUGGCAUAUACAUUACUCCCAAAAAUCUAGAGAAAGAGCUAUUGGAUUUCGACUUUGCCUGUGCCUGGAGUCUCACUACUUCGCAAACCUGAAAGUUACAAGCUUACACCUGUAAAAGGUCCAGGAUUGACUCAUCUGGUCUAGAUCUUUGUUUACAAGUGCAAUUUUUGCUGCGAUUUCUAGUGCGAUUUUCUUCUUCUGAUGCAUGUGAAAGAGUAGAUGAGUUAUGAAUGUUCUGAGAAUAUGUACCUUCAUCUGAACAUUCAGAAUUCAUCCACUCGUUCACAUCCAUCAGAAGAAGAAAAUCGCACUAGAAAUCGCAGCAAAAAUUGCAAGUGUAAACGGGCCCUUUCAUAAACUGUUUACAUCUACGUUCAAAAAUUGGAAAAUCGCCCAGUCCGAUGCCAAUCAAGUCCAGUGUGUGUUAGACUUGCUCCAAGUCUCUCUUUCAUUGUCAUAUAGUAUCGAUCCACUAUAGUGUACAUUACAUGACGUAGCGUGGAGAAGCGGAGCGAGAAAGAGAGACUUGUCAACUUCGGAAAAUCUCGAUUCAAAACUGAACCGAAAAUGCAAGACUUGCUUUAAUGGACCUUUAACCUUAUAACUAAAAUUUUGAUCUAGACAAAAAUUUCAUCACAGCUUGAAAGAGCAUCACAAGAUUAGUAAUAUUCCAAAGUUUCGUUGCGAAAUGUUGUAAAAUGCGGAUAAUAUAGCCCUGCGAAGUUUGCAAUUCUCAGUCAUUUUAGGUUACAAACGGGAAAUUGAUACCCCAACACCCAAUUUGGGUAUCAAUUUCCCGUUUGUAAUCUAAAAUGACUGAAAAUUGCAAAUUUCGCAGGGCUAUAUUAUCCGCAUUUUACAACAUUUCGUAACGAAACUUUGGAAUAUUACUAAUUUUGUGAUGCUCUUUCAAGCUGUGAUGAAAUUUUUGUCUAGAUCAAAAUUUUAGUUAUAAGGUUAAAGGUCCAUUGUUUUCCUUCAAUUUCUUUCUGUAUAUUUACUAUAAUGGAACUCAUUGUGCUAGAUCAAUACAUAUAAACACUGACAGAAAACAAUUAAAGCAAGUCUUGCAUUUUCGGUUCAGUUUUGAACCGAGAUUUUCCGAAGUUGACAAGUCUCUCUUUCUCGCUCCGCCUCUCCGUGCUACGUCAUGUAAUGUACACUAUAGUGGAUCGAUACUAUAUGACAAUGAAAGAGAGACUUGGAGCAAGUCUAAGUGUGUGUGGGCCUUAUACUCAAACCAGUCAGGGCCAUGCCGGAUUAUACGAGCUGCCUGAAACAUCAAACACAAGGAAAAUUAGUGUAGCAACCAUUUAGAACUGGCGACACGGUUGGAAAUCUUGAUGUUCCAGUGGGUUCAUCUGGCUGACCAUGCAUGGUACAAAAAUUAGUCCCAUUAUAGAACUUGAACGCAUGUUCAGUUAUAGUCUACAGAUUGAUUAGAAUUUUUAUUUCUUAGUUCAAUACCAAAAAUCCAUAUUUUGUAGGCGUAUUUUUCGUGACCAGAGCAGAUGGCAAUGUUGAUGUUUGGGAUUUACUUGAUAAGUAUGAUUCAUCUAUGAUUCGAUUUACAAUGAAACAGACCGAGUCAUUUUGUUAAGCAUAUGAUUAAAUGAUGAGUGAAACAUGCAUGUAAAAUGUAGUUAUAUAUAUUCCAUAAUAAAUUGCAUCAUUCUUCUUGUGAUUGUCUAUUCAAUUUUUCCCAGAUCUCAUGAACCAUCGUUAACACAAAAUGUGACGUCUGCUUUAAUCACAAGUGUAAAUCCCUAUCAAGUUUCAAGUGAGUAUAACUCUUAACUUUCGUGAAACUAACUCUUAUUUUUUCUCAAAAAAUAUAGAUAUAACUAGUGUGUUAUAUCGUAUUUACAUUUUGGGUUUAAAUAUUUUGAGCCAAUUUCCGGAGGACGACGAUUUAAAUGCACUGAAUCUCGUGUCUUAUAUAUUUGCAAAUGGUUAUUUUCUAAUUGUGUAUUUUGUGGCAAACUUCUUAAUUAAAAAAAAACAAACACGGUAAAGAACAGGGCAUAUCGAAACCUGGAGGUUGAAGCUGAAAAUUAUUAUUAUAAAGUAUUUACCCAGGGAACCUACAUCGCAAAAGCCAUUUUCAGUAGAGGGCCUCGUGCAAAGCACAAGUCCAAAAAACCAAAAGCAUCCAAAAAUCCUCUAUUUUAGAGAAUAUGUAUUGGAAACUAGCUGACGUGACCUAAUGUUUUCAAUGGGCUGAUGGCGUGGUUGGAUGUCCCAACCUAGUUGCAAACCAAAUUCUCAAAAACGGCAUGUUUAGCAAUAAUACAGCUAAACAUUUUAGUCAAAGAGCAAAUAAAUAUAACCACGCCAUUCUACGAUGAAAACUCUAAGUAUUCCCAGUCAAUUUUAGCAAAUAUUUCAAGCACUAAACAGUGAAAAAUACAUCGCACCAAUUUCGUUAAAAUUUGUGACGCCAAUUUCGUAGCUACAAAUGUAAAAAAAAAUACAAAACAAAGACGAAAAACAUUUACCUUGAAUACUUUGUCGUAGCUUAGGCAUGUUUUUAAAACAAUUAGACCAGUUUAUGCUUCAAUAUCACCCUUUUAAAGUGGAAAAUAUAGCAAAACAACAAAAAUGCCGAGAACUUUGGUAAUAUUCGCAAUACGCGUGACGUCACGUUUUUCAACAAGGAUGAGUCAAUGACGUCAGGAAGUUUCCUAUCCAGUUAUUUUACAAUCCAUGGUGAGAAUAAGACUUGAUGAAUGUAACUUGGAAAAGAACGGCGGAGAUAAAAGACUGCAGGGUACUAAAUUGAACGGCAUGCAAAGGCAUGCAUCUUUCAUUCCUUAUUAACUGAAAGUUAUACUUUGUAAUUUUUAAUGUUCCCUUUCAAUCAUGGGCUACGAAUCGAAUGAAAAGGCGGGUGGAGGUUGAACACAGUGGGUGGGGUAACGUGGGGGUAGAGCGAGCAACUCGAAGGCGGUCACCUGAAAUUUAAGGUGGUCGGGGAAUUCUAAGAUCAUUGGGUCAUCCACGUCUGAACUCAAAGGCGAACUUUUAAUGGCAACACAAAAUGCAUCGUUGCCAAACCGACCCCAAUAUAAUAUUUGUCAUUAAAAAUCGUUGUUAAUUAAUACAUGUUCUAGAUAAACUAACAUUGUUUCAAGACGUUCGUGUAUAUAAGUAUCAUGCAAAAUCAUUGAUAGAAGAUCUUUAAUUGUUUGCUCUUAGGUAAGCAACAAUUACUGUCAAUUGGUGAUAAUGUGGGAACUCUUCAUAUUAUGGAGGUGCCAUGGAAUUUACGUCGUCCUUCUGUUAAUGAGGUACAUGUUUUUAAAUUUUAUACCGUAGUUGUUAGAGUUUUAUGACACUUAUGUGACAAAAGUCAGUCAACACUCUACCAAAAGUUGUGUGUUUUCUCCAGGUGCUCCGGUUCCUUCCCCAUGCAGGGCUUUGUGACAGGAUGAGUUUGGAUAAGCCCUAAGCUGACCCUGCCACCGAUAAUCGGUCAGCUACGAUCAAAAUCUUGAAUUAUCGCAGCUCCAGAGCUGCGUCCUUCGUAAUUCAGUUUAGCUCUGAGCUGCAAAUAAGGAUGAUUAGCACACCGCCACUUAUACACCUCCACUCACUUUAAAGUUAUUGGAGACUUUGAGUCAUGUGCAAAUGAUCGAUACAGAAGCUCAUGCCAGAUUUAUUCCCUUUUUUUGUUUGAGUCAAAAAUAAAAACACAUGAAACAUGAAUAGCUGUAGCAAACAUAUACUGAAGAAAUAAUUAUUUUCUUUUUGAUGUAGAAAAACAUCAUUGAAAACUUUUUCGAGCGCGAAGUAUCUCGACUGAAGUUUGUUGAAGAACGAAGGAAGAUCAGAGCAAAGGAAACUGUUAACAAUAAGGAAAACGAGAAACCGAAGGAAAAAGCACAGGUGGGGUAAUUAACAAUAUCUGUGAUUGUUUCCUUUGCAGGUUUGCAUGAUAAUUGUUUUAUUUCUGUGACACCACGAUUCGUUGAUCCGUAAGCCCAGAUCCCCAUCAAUAAAUAAUAUAAAAAAUAGAUUUGAAUUUUAUUGUCUUAUAUUUAAAUUGAAGUACAUAAGAAUUGGGGCUAUAUUAACGUACAUUGAACACAUUUAGAUGGUACUACAGUGUGGAAUAGCAUGGCCUAAUGGCCACAGGCUUAUGCUAUUGUUGAAUGGUUAACAAAAAUAUCAAAUGUCGAUCACUUCUAUUUCAUUAGCUGUUUUAUAAAUGAUAGAUUCAUGGUCGAUCCUAAGGGAAGAAGUAGUGAAUCUCGAGAUGAAUAUUCCCUGAUAAUCACCGAGCCUUUUAUACAAGUCUUUUGUGUUUUUUCAGGGACUGAAUUUAUUUUAAUUUCGCUUAUUUCUGUAUCUACAGUAACUUCCACAAAACGGCUAGCCGGCAUUUUGCAAAUUUCGGUUUUGUUAUAUUCACUUGUAGGUGAAUAUAACAGCUUAAUACUGUACGUCACAUUUGACCAAUCAACUUGUAGGAUUUGUUAUAUUCCCAUGUGCAAAAAUACUAAAGGCAUAUAUUAUUUGCACCAAUGAGGAUGUGGAAUAACCACCUCACUGUCAGUGUUAUAUAAUCCAUAUUUAAACUUUAUUUUCAGGUGGAUACGAAGAAACUUAUAGAUGAACAGGAGUCUGAGUGGGAGGCUAAAGCACGACAGGUACGGUGACUAUUGUGUUGUGUUGUUGUUGUAUUGUUGUUUGUCGUUUUAUGUUGUGUCGUGUUGUAUCAUAUAGCAUUGUUUUCAAACAUUCAUCGGAACAGGUCACAGAUGUGGAGUUGGCAUUCACUGAAAAUGCCUUUUUUUCAGGAAUAUCAAAACUAUUUGGAAAUGGAGAAACGUUUUCUGGAGGAACUUGGCAUCAGGGAACCUGACAAUGAUCUUUGAAAGUCCUAGUUCUGAACAACGUAGUUAUGUAAAUUUUUAGUGGGGCUAUGUCAAAAGUUCUUGUAAAAUAUAGGCGAUAGAUCGAAGUAAUCGACUUACGCAUGUUUACAGUGCCCGUUGCUCUAAGACUACGAUUAAUAUUUUUGAAGUUUCGGAUAACUAGUCACUGUUAUUAUGUAAUCGUAGCAUGGAAUAAAGUUUAUCUGAGUGAAUUGGCAUAUUGCAUGCAGUUAUGGUUAGUGCAAACGGUGAACUAAGAAGUUCCUUAGCGGGAAAAGCUAUAGGCUAACACUUACGAUGUUGGUACUCUAACGUUUUGACAUAGCUCCACUACAGUAACUUAUAUUUAUUUGUAUACCUCUAUUGUACAUUGUGCUACGUGAACAUUUCAUCCACCAAUGGUUUUUGGGGUUGCAUAUUGCGGAAUACGUAGCCUUGGGGCUCUGGCAAAAUCCAAACUGGAUACCAUAAAAACAUGGUAUCCGGUUAAACACUGCGCAUGCUCAAUUUGUAAUUGAGGGCUCUAGGUACGAGAAUGUGCCUGGGAGAGAAGCAUGGAAGAGAGAUCUCAUCGAUCCCAGUCCCCCGUCUCGUUCCCAUCCUGCUACAUACCGUAUUCUUCUAUAAAACCCCAAAGAGCCUCUCGAAAGGAUGUUUUUAUGUUGGCCGUAUUCAUAAGUGUACUGAUUUAGUUAACAUCUGUUUGUAAGUAUUCUGUGGUAGUACAGAAGUAUUUGUUAUUGCUUGAAAUUGUAUAUUGCGAUGGUUUUCACCAUCGGAAUAUCAAAUGUUUCCAUAAAAUACUAUAUGGGUUUGAAGUUUUUACAGUAAUAGACCGUUAUCAACUUUCACUCUAGUUGAGAACAACGCCAGGUCGAGGCUUCGUUUAUAAUGGUAAAAGAGCGUACAUGAAACAGCUUUUAUAAAAGAAAUAUAUAAUAUUCUGUCUUUCGCGCCGACAGGCAAAGAAAAAUUGAAUGUAGCUAGUUCAAUUUUGAUAACGGGUUUAUCACGCUAGAAACCUAGAGCGCAUGUUUAUUUUCAAACUGGUUCUCUCUCGCGGGCAAAGCAAUGGUAUUGGGAAAAUUAAAGACUACAUGCACCACUGUAACCGAAGUUGUCAACCUUUACCAUCGCACUCCUUCGCCAGUUUCUUGAACUCCUGAGCUUUCUUCAAAUCAACUUCUACUCCAUCUCCUUGUGAAUAUAUUCUGCUUGCAUUGAUACAACCCCAUGAAUGUCCUAAUUUGCAACUUUUUACUGAAUAUUCUAACGCUUUAACCAUGUCCUUAUCUAUACCUUGACAGCCAGUUAAAUAGACAACACUAAGAUUAAAACAUCCAUUACGAAAGUUACCAUCGCAUGCUUUGGUAAACGACUGCAUAGCUUUAUCCAUAUUUCUUGGUACAUGAAAAUGUUUUUCUCCUUUUUGAUAAAGUAGUCCAGCAUUAUUACAGGCACCCCAAACAUUGUUCUCGCAAGCUCUGUUGAACAACCGUAAAGCUUCGUCGGGUUGUCUGUCUUCU